AUGACAAAAGAUGUUCCUGCUUCAAGACAUUUGUUAGCAGGCUUUGCAGGUGGCUUAACAUCUGCGGUGUGCCUACAACCAUUGGAUCUUAUCAAAACUCGAGUUCAACAAUCGCAGGGUAAUUCCAUAGUAUCCGUGCUCAGGCAGAUUUCUGGCAUCAAAGAGCUUUGGCGGGGGACAUUACCCAGUGCCGUUAGAACAUCAGUAGGUACCGCUCUGUAUUUGACAUCACUCAACUUCAUAAGGACAAAGAUGGCGAUACAUCGAUUGCAUCAACAUCCGGGACUGGCUGACCAACAAUACGGAAUUAAGACUUCUUCUAAACUUCCAAGGCUUCCUGCAGGUGACAAUCUAAUAGCAGGUAUGAUAUCUAGGACAAUAGUGGGCUUUAUCACCAUGCCUAUAACUGUGAUCAAGGUUCGGUUUGAAUCCGAUAUGUAUCACUAUAACUCUCUUUGGGAAGGUGUGACCUUAAUGUACAAGAAAGAGGGCUUUAGAUCGUUUUUUACUGGAUUUGGUGCAACCUGUAUGAGAGAUGCCCCUUAUGCAGGCUUGUAUAUGGCAUUUUACGAAAAAAACAAAAUGUUAUUACCUAGGCUUUUUCACACAAGGAGCGUAACCUCGGAUAGCACAUUAUCACCAAGAUCUCCGAGUAUGAUGACGGCAUCAACAUCAGCUGUUGUGAACUCUGUUUCGGCAAUUUUUGCGGCCUUUUUUGCAACAGCAAUUACCGGACCAUUCGAUACCAUUAAGACCAACAUGCAGCUAAACCCUACAAAAUAUAAAACGUUCAUCCAGUCUACCGUUACAUUGGCAAGUAGGGGUUGGUUGCGCUUGUUCGAUGGUCUUUCUUUGCGGCUUCUGAGAAAGGCUGGAAGUGCCGGGAUUGCUUGGUGUAUAUAUGAGCAGAUUGUAAGAUUAUAA